AGGCCCCAGCAGAGAACCCAACCUGUUUUCCACGUGUUUUCUACUCUUUCACCCUCACAAGAGGUGAUUCAUCGUCGUCUUCUUCAUCAUAUCUUCUUCUGCUUCUUCUUCUCUCUGUGUUCAUACACUUUGCAGAUAUUAUAUUUAUAAAUUAUAAGUAAAAAACACUAUACUCGGAUUAGAUCGCCCAAAUUUGAAGCCCUAAACCCAGCUCCAAAACCUCAUCUUCAAUCCAGGAUCCGAAUUGAGGAUUUGAGGAUCUGGAAAUCGGAUUAGGGUGGGAUUCUGAUCGGAGGUUUAAAAUUUGGCCGGGAAUCGAGGAUGGAGCAGCUGAAGACUAUCGGGCGGGAGCUCGCAAUGGGGUCGCAAGGCGGGUUCGGACAGUCGAAGGAAUUCCUGGACCUAAUAAAGUCGAUCGGCGAGGCCCGAUCCAAGGCGGAGGAGGACCGCAUCGUGCUCAGCGAGAUCGAGACGCUGAAGCGGCGAAUCGUGGAGCCGGAUAUUCCGAAGAGGAAGAUGAAGGAGUACAUAAUUCGGCUGGUCUAUGUGGAGAUGCUGGGCCACGAUGCGUCUUUCGGAUACAUCCACGCCGUGAAGAUGACGCACGACGAUAGUUUGUUGCUCAAGAGAACUGGAUACCUCGCGGUUACGUUGUUCCUGAAUGAGGACCAUGAUUUGAUUAUCUUGAUCGUCAACACCAUUCAGAAGGACUUGAAGUCGGAUAAUUACUUGGUGGUUUGUGCUGCGCUCAAUGCCGUUUGUAAAUUGAUUAAUGAGGAGACAAUCCCCGCAGUGCUGCCUCAAGUGACGGAGCUCUUGGGGCACCCCAAGGAGGCUGUUAGGAAAAAGGCUGUCAUGGCACUCCACCGGUUUUACCAGAAGUCCCCAUCUUCUGUACAUCACCUCAUCUCCAACUUCCGGAAGAAGCUCUGCGAUAAUGAUCCUGGAGUUAUGGGUGCUACUCUCUGUCCUCUUUUAGAUCUUAUUACAUUUGAUGUUGAUUCCUAUAAGGAUUUAGUGACCAGCUUUGUAAGCAUUCUUAAGCAAGUAGCUGAACGGAGAUUGCCAAAGAGCUAUGAUUAUCAUCAGACACCUGCACCAUUCAUUCAGAUCAAAUUAUUGAAAAUUUUGGCACUACUGGGGUGUGGUGACAAAAAGACAAGUGAACACAUGUAUACCAUUAUUUCUGACGUAAUGAGAAAGUGCGAUUCAACAAGUAAUAUAGGAAAUGCUAUUCUAUAUGAAUGCAUAUGCUGUGUUUCCUCCAUCCAUCCUAGCCCCAAGCUAUUAGAAUCUGCAGCCGAUGCAAUUGCCAAAUUCUUGAAAAGUGAUAGCCAUAAUCUUAAGUAUUUGGGCAUUGAUGCACUUGGAAGAUUGAUAAAGAUCAGCCCAGAAAUUGCAGAGCAACACCAGCUGGCUGUAAUAGAUUGCUUAGAGGAUCCAGAUGACACCCUAAAGCGAAAAACUUUUGAACUUCUUUAUAAAAUGACAAAAUCGUCAAAUGUGGAAGUGAUUGUGGACCGCAUGAUUGAUUACAUGAUUAGCUUAAAUGAUAGUCAUUACAAAACUGAAAUAGCAUCCAGAUGUGUUGAACUUGCAGAACAAUUUGCCCCAAGCAAUCAAUGGUUUAUUCAGACUAUGAAUAAAGUAUUUGAGCAUGCAGGAGAUUUGGUGAAUGUAAAGGUUGCACAUAAUUUGAUGAGACUGAUUGCUGAAGGGUUUGGAGAAGAUGAUAAUAGCGCUGACAGUCUGCUGAGAUCCUCUGCUGUUGAAUCAUAUUUGCGCAUCAUGGGAGAACCAAAACUUCCCUCUGCAUUUCUUCAAGUCAUUUGUUGGGUCUUGGGAGAAUAUGGAACUGCUGAUGGGAAGUACUCUGCUGCCUAUAUAACUGGGAAAAUAUGUGAUAUUGCAGAGGCACAUUCAACUGAUGACACUGUCAGGGCCUAUGCAAUAUCAGCACUUACGAAAAUAUAUUCCUUUGAAAUAGCAGCUGGAAGAAAAAUUGACAUUUUGUCUGAGUGUCAAUCGUUCAUUGAGGAAUUACUAGCAUCACAUUCAACAGAUUUACAGCAACGUGCUUAUGAACUUCAAGCUGUCAUUGGUUUAGACGCUCGCACUCUUGAAAACAUAAUGCCAAUGGAUGGAAGUUGUGAAGAUAUUGAGGUUGAUAAGAGCCUCUCAUUCCUUAAUGCUUAUGUUCAAGAGUCUCUGGAAAAGGGUGCUCAACCUUAUCUUCCUGAGAGUGAACGUUCGGGAAUGUCGGGCGUCGCCAAUUUUAGGAAUCAAGAACAGAAUGGAACUUAUGCCCAUUCUUUGAGAUUUGAAGCUUAUGAGCUUCCUAAACCCUCACAGCCAUCGAGAGCCUCUCCUGUCUCACUAUCGUCCUCAACUGAGCUUGUUCCUGUGCCCCAGUCAUCUUAUCAUGGAGACGUCUAUGAAACUGUGGUAUCAAAACCUUCUGCUUCUGAUUCAGGCUCUUCAGAAGUCAAGCUCCGUCUUGAUGGUGUUCAGAAAAAGUGGGGGAAACCUUCUUACUCUGCUGCGCCCUCUACUUCAGACUCCAGUGUCGUAAAGACUCAGAGUGGAGCUACGCAACCAUCACAACGAGAUGUGAGCAGUUUGAGCUCAAAAGCACCUGUAUUGAAUGAUUCAAGAAAGCAGCAAGUAGAGAUUGAUCCAGAAAAACAAAGACUUGCUGCUUCACUUUUUGGGGGCACAUCGAAAUCUGAAAGAAAGCAUGCUUCUGCUACCCACAAGGCUCAAAAGCCCAACAGCCGUACUGCAGACAAGCCACACAUGGAGAAGAGUGCGCCUUCUGAUAGUGGCGCAGUAAAAACAACACCUCAGCCACCGCCUCCCGACUUGCUCGACUUGGGGGAACCAACUAGUAGUAGUGCACCACCCCUGGAUCCUUUCAAACAGUUGGAAUCCCUUCUUGAUCUCAGCCAAAGCUCUUCCGCUCAAGGAUCUGACGGAGUUAGCAGUACUAAAAUGGCCGAUUUCAUGUCCCUUUAUGGAGAUGCGACUUCAAGUGGGCAGAGUGAAGGUGGAGUUAUAAACCCUCUUUCGACUGGCACCGGCAACACAAAUCUCAUGUUUGGAUUUUCCGAUGCAUCUGACAGAAACGGUCAUGGAGGAAAUACAACACCACAGCUGACAUCACAAAAUAGCAAGGGACCAAAUCUUAGAGACGCUAUAGAAAAGGACGCUCUCGUGAGGCAAAUGGGCGUAACACCAUCAACUCAGAAUCCCAACCUGUUCAGUGACCUACUUGGAUAGAUUCCAAUUUCUUGGACAUGCUCGUUAAAGUUGAAUCGAAAUUUCUUCAGAUUACACAGAGUUAAGCAACCUGGUUCCCCAAGCGGCUUGCAAAGAUGGAGACAUUUAUUUUUAUGUCAAAAACAAUCCCGCUGGAGAAACCAGAGACGGGGUUAGGCUACCCUACCUAACCUCGAGUUGUUUGUAUCAGUUGCAUGGCAAUAUAGUUUUGUGUAGAUAGUAAAGCCUGGUAGAGAAAGUGCAGGGGCAGCUGAACUAUAUAUAUAUAUAGUCUUCCCUUGUGCUCGAUCUCGACCGGGAAGUUCUUGGAGUAUUUCAUACAUUACUGUGAUUGAAUUUCAGUGUUCUUUAAACCAACAAUGCUUAGCAGUUCUUUAUGCAUGUACUCUUUUUUGGGUUAGAUUUUGAUCUAUUGACUGGAA